ACAAAUGAUAAAGGUCGUAGUAUUGCAUAUCAAAAAGCAAUUGAAGCACUUAAACGUUGUACACAUCCAAUUCGUAGUUAUGAAGAAAUUAAAGCAUUACCCUAUGUAAAACAAUCAUUAGCUGAUAAAAUAUGGGAAAUUAUUCGUACAAAUGGACUUGUUAAAUUAUCUGCAUUUCAAUCACGUGAUGAUGUUUCUACAUUGGCUUUAUUUGCUGGUGUCUGGGGUGCGGGUACUGAAACAACAAAACAAUGGUUUGCACAAGGUUUUCGUACACUUGAAGAUUUACGUACACGAGCUCGUCUUACUCGUACACAACAAAUUGGCUUAAAAUAUUAUCAAGAUUUUAAUACACGUAUUCCACGAGAUGAAGUUACUCGUAUUGAAACAAUUGUUAAACAAACAGCUGACGAAGUUGCACCUGGUCUAAUGAUUGAAACAUGUGGAAGUUAUCGUCGAUUAAAACCAUCAUGUGGUGAUAUUGAUAUGUUGAUGACAUUUAAAGAUGGUAAACGACAUAUACAUGAAUCUAUACUUGCACCAUUGAUCGAGAAAUUACGAGAUAUUGGUUUUCUCAUUCAUGAUUUAAUUAAUCAUUCUGAAACAUCAUCAACAAGUCAUGUUUCCGAGCAGCUAACUUAUUUUGGUGUAUGUCGUUUAUCAGAACCAGGAUCACUUCAUCGUCGUAUUGAUCUUAUAUUUGUACCAGCAAAUGAAUGGGCUUGUUCAUUACUUUAUUUUACUGGUUCAGAUAUGUUUAAUCGAUCGAUGCGUCGUUUAGCUCGUCGUUUAAAUAUGUCACUUUCUCAACAUGGACUUUAUCAUGGUGUUGUACGAAAAGGUGUUGAAAAAAUUAAUACUGGUCAAGCAUUGAAUACACCGACAGAAGAAUCAGUUUUUCUAUAUCUUAAUUUAUCUUAUAGACCACCAGAAGAUCGAGAUCAUUAG